CACCACGCGGGGCGUUCCCCCGCGCCCCCCAGCCUCGACUCGGCCUCGCGGGAGCCGGGGGGUGGCGCCGAGUCCGGAAGCGGCGGCUGGACUUGGUCGCGGGAGUGACUUCGGAGUUUUCGUUCUUCUGCAAGAUUCCAAAUCCUCUAGAAGCCAAAAUGGGACACAGUAAACAGACUAGAAUCUUACUUCUGAACGAAAUGGAAAAGCUGGAAAGGACUCUCUUCAGACUUGAACAAGGGUUUGAGCUACAGUUUCGAUUAGGCCCAACUUUACAGGGAAAGUCAGUUACUGUGUAUACGAACUACCCAUUUCCUGGGGAACCAUUUAAUCGAGAAAAAUUCCGUUGCCUGGAAUGGGAAAAUCCAACAGAAAGAGAAGAUGACUCUGAUAAGUAUUGCAAACUUGAUCUUGAGCAAGCUGGAUCAUUUCAGUAUUACUUCCUUCAGGGAAAUGAAAAGAGUGGUGGGGGUUACAUAGUAGUGGACCCUGUUCUACAUGUUGGUACUGAUAAUCAUGUGUUACCCUUGGACUGUGUGACUCUCCAGACAUAUCUAGCUAAGUGUCUGGGACCCUUGGAUGAAUGGGAAAGCAGACUCAUGGUCGCCAAAGAGUCAGGUUACAACAUGAUUCACUUUACCCCACUGCAAACUCUUGGCCUAUCUAGGUCAUGCUACUCCCUUGCUAAUCAGUUAGAAUUAAAUCCUGACUUUUCAAGACCUAAUCAAAAGUUUUCCUGGAAUGAUGUUGGACAUCUAGUGGAAAAAUUGAAAAAGGAGUGGAAUGUUCUUUGCAUUACUGAUGUUGUAUACAAUCAUACUGCAACUAAUAGUAAAUGGAUCCAAGAGCAUCCAGAAUGUGCGUACAACCUGGUGAAUUCUCCACACCUGAAACCUGCCUGGGUCUUAGACAGAGCAUUCUGGCAUUUAUCCUGUGAUGUUGCAGAUGGAAAAUACAAAGAAAGAGGAGUCCCUGCUUUGAUUGAGAAUGACCAUCAAAUGAAUUGCAUUCGAACAAUCAUUUGGGAGGAUAUUUUUCCAAAGCUUCAACUCUGGGAAUUUUUCCAAGUUGACAUUUACAAAGCCGUUGAGCAAUUCAGAGGACUUCUUUCACAAGGAAAUAGGACAAUAGCAUCCAAGCCUGAUCCAGGGCAACACCUUCAGAUAAUUCAGGAUCCCCAGUAUAGACGGCUCGGCUGUACUGUAGAUAUGAACAUUGCACUUGCGACUUUCAUACCACAUGACAGUGGACCAGCUGCCAUUGAAGAAUGCUGUAACUGGUUCCGUCAGAGAAUUGAGGAGUUAAACUCAGAGAAGCGUAAAGUCAUGAACUAUCAUCAGGAACAGGCAGUGAAUUGCCUUUUGGGAAAUGUGUUUUAUGAGCGACUAGCUGGCCAUGGUCCUAAACUCGGACCUGUCACAAGAAAAGAUCCGUUAGUUACGAGAUAUUUUACUUUCCCUUUUGAAGAGAUGACCCUUUCUGCAGAAGAAUCUUUGAUUCAUAUUCCAAAUAAAGCCUGUUUUCUGAUGGCACACAAUGGGUGGGUAAUGGGAGAUGAUCCUCUUCGAAACUUUGCUGAACCAGGUUCAGAAGUUUAUCUAAGAAGAGAACUUAUUUGCUGGGGAGACAGCGUUAAGUUACGCUAUGGAAAUAAACCAGAGGAUUGUCCUUACCUCUGGGAACAUAUGAAAAAAUACACUGAAAUAACAGCAAAUUAUUUCCAGGGAGUACGUCUUGACAACUGCCAUUCAACACCACUUCAUGUAGCUGAGUACAUGUUGGAUGCUGCAAGAAAAUUGCAACCCAAUUUAUAUGUAGUAGCUGAACUGUUCACAGGAAGUGAAGAGUUGGACAACAUCUUUGUCACUAGACUGGGCAUUAGUUCUUUAAUCAGAGAGGCGAUGAGUGCAUAUAACAGUCACGAAGAGGGCAGGUUGGUUUACCGAUAUGGAGGAGAACCUGUUGGUUCCUUUGCCCAGCCCUCGCUGAGACCAUUAAUGCCAGCUAUUGCGCAUGCCCUAUUUAUGGAUAUCACCCACGACAACGAGUGUCCUAUUGUGCAUAGGUCAGCACAUGACGCUCUCCCGAGUUCUGCAGUCGUUUCUAUGGCCUGCUGUGCUAGUGGGAGUACUAGGGGCUAUGAUGAACUCGUGCCUCACCAGAUUUCAGUGGUUUCUGAGGAGCGGUUUUACACUAAGUGGAAUCCUGGAGCUUCGCCAUCAAAUUCUGGAGAAGUUAAUUUUCAAAGUGGUAUUAUUGCAGCCAGGCGUGCUAUCAACAAACUUCAUCAAGAACUUGGGGCCAAUGGUUUUAUUCAGGUUUUUGUGGAUCAGGUUGAUGAAGACAUAGUAGCAGUAACAAGACAUUCACCUAGUAGCCAUCAGUCUGUUGUGGCUGUGUCUAGAACUGCUUUCAGGAAUCCCAAAACUUCAUUUUACAGCAAGGAAGUUCCUCAAAUGUACAUCCCUGGCAAAAUUGAAGAAGUAGUUCUUGAAGCUCGAACUGUUGAGAGAAACACAAAACUGUAUAGAAAGGAUGAGAGUUCAAUCAAUGGAAUGCCAAAUCUCACAGUCGAAAUUAGAGAACAUAUCCAGCUUAAUGAAAGUAAAAUUGUGAAACAAGCUGGGGUUGCUGCAAAAGGACCCAAUGAAUACAUCCAAGAAAUAGAAUUUGAAAACUUGUCUCCAGGAAGUGUUAUCAUCUUCAGAGUUAGUCUUGAUCCACAUGCACAAGUUGCUGUUGGAAUUCUUCGAAAUCAUCUGACUCAAUUUAGUCCUCAUUUUAAAUCUGGGAGCCUUGCUGUAGAGAACCUCGAUCCUAUAUUAAAAAUUCCGUUUGCUUCUAUUGCCUCUAAGUUAACUUUGGCUGAGGUGAACCAGGUACUUUACCGAUGUGAAUCAGAGGAACAGGAAGAUGGAGGAGGAUGCUAUAACAUACCAAACUGGUCAUCACUUAAAUAUGCAGGUCUCCAAGGAUUAAUAUCUGUACUGGCAGACAUAAGACCAAAGAAUGAUUUGGGCCAUCCCUUUUGUGAUAAUUUGAGAUCUGGAGACUGGAUGAUCGACUAUGUUAGUGGCCGACUUCUCACGAGACCAGGCGCUAUUGCUGAAGUCGGUAAAUGGUUGCAGGCUAUGUUCUUCUACCUGAAGCAGAUCCCACGUUAUCUUAUCCCAUGUUACUUUGAUGCUAUAUUAAUUGGUGCAUACACCACUCUUCUGGAUAUAGCAUGGAGGCAGAUGUCAAGUUUUGUUCAGAAUGGUUCUACUUUUGUGAAGCACCUUGCACUUGGUUCUAUCCAAAUGUGUGGUAUAGGAAAAUUCCCUUCUAUGCCGCGUCUUUCUCCUUCACUUGUGGAUAUACCAUAUAGACUAAAUGAGAUCACAAAAGAGAAGGAGCAGUGUUGUGUGUCUCUAGCAGCAGGCUUACCUCAUUUUUCUUCUGGUCUUUUCCGCUGCUGGGGAAGGGACACUUUUAUUGCACUUAGAGGCAUACUGCUGAUUACUGGACGCUACUUAGAUGCCAGGAAUAUUAUUUUAGCAUUUGCUGCUACCCUGAGACAUGGUCUCAUUCCCAAUCUCCUGGGUGAAGGAACUUGUGCCAGAUACAAUUGCCGGGAUGCCGUAUGGUGGUGGCUGCAGUGUAUUCAGGAUUACUGUAAAAUGGCUCCAAAUGGCCUAGAUAUCCUCCAGUGUCCCGUGUCCAGAAUGUACCCUACAGAUGAUUCUGUUCCUCUGCCUCCUGGCACACUGGAUCAACCAUUGUUUGAAAUAAUACAGGAAGCUAUGCAGAGACACAUGCAGGGAAUACAGUUUCGAGAAAGGAAUGCUGGUCCACAGAUCGAUCGAAACAUGAAGGAUGAAGGUUUUAAUAUAACUGCAGGAGUUGAUGAAGAAACAGGAUUUGUUUAUGGCGGAAAUCGCUCUAACUGCGGCACAUGGAUGGAUAAGAUGGGAGAGAGUGACAGAGCUAGGAACAGAGGAGUCCCAGCCACACCCAGGGAUGGAUCUGCUGUAGAAAUUGUGGGGCUGUGUAAAUCUGCCGUUCGUUGGUUGCUUGAAUUAUCUCAAAAAAACAUUUUCCCUUAUCGUGAAGUUACUAUUAAAAGACAUGGGAAGACUGUGAGUGUGUCAUACGAUGAGUGGAACAGAAGAAUACAGAAAAAUUUUGAAAAACUGUUUUUUGUGUCAGAAGAUCCCUCUGACGUUAAUGAGAAGCAUCCUCACUUGGUUCACAAACGUGGCAUAUACAAAGAUAGUUAUGGCGCCUCCAGCCCUUGGUGUGACUACCAACUCAGGCCUAACUUUACCAUAGCAAUGGUUGUUGCUCCUGAGCUCUUUACUGCAGAAAAAGCAUGGAAAGCUUUGGAGAUUGCAGAAAAAAAAUUGCUUGGUCCCCUUGGCAUGAAAACUUUAGAUCCAGAUGAUAUGAUUUACUGUGGAGUUUAUGACAAUGCAUUAGACAAUGACAACUACAAUCUUGCUAAAGGUUUCAAUUAUCACCAAGGACCUGAAUGGCUGUGGCCCAUUGGGUAUUUCCUUCGUGCAAAAUUAUAUUUUUCCAAAAUGAUGGGUCCAGAGAUAAAUGCAAAAACUAUAUUUUUGGUUAAAAAUGUACUUUCCCGACAUUAUAUUCAUCUUGAGAGAUCCCCUUGGAAAGGACUACCAGAACUGACCAAUGAGAAUGGCCAAUAUUGUCCUUUUAGCUGUGAAACACAAGCCUGGUCAAUUGGUUGUAUUCUUGAAACACUCUAUGACUUAUAGUUAACUCACACAUAUUUAUUAAAUAGCAAUCACUUGUAUUAUGGAUGCAAGAUCUUAAAUGCUUUAUAUGCACAGGCCUUAAUCAUUUAAAAAUCUCCUUAAUAUAAAUACUUAAUUAGACUAUUAUCACUUUUUUUUGUCUUAGUUGUGUGUGUGUUAUGUGCAAGCUUUUGAUUUUAAUCAAAAGAAAAAUUAUCAUCAGGUCAGAGUGAUAGUACAGCAGAUAAGGCAUUUGCCUUGCUGAGCUGGGUUCAAUCCCUGGCAUCCCAUAUGGUUCCCUGAGCACCGCCAGGAGUAAUUCCUGAGUGCAGAGCCAAGAGUAACCUCUGGGUAUCACCGGGUAUUACCCAAAAAGCAAAAAGAGAAAAAGAGAGAGCAAAGAAAAAUUAUCAUGAGUGGGAUGUUUUUCUUUUGAAUUCAAGAAGUAUUCUUUAAAUGCCUAGAAAUAGAGAUUGAAAUCCAGAGUUUGCAAAGAAGAUUCAUAUAAUCUUUUACUUGCACAUAAGUGAAAAAUUAAAUAUGAAUAGGUAAUAAAAGAAAUUUUAAAAGAUCUUUAAACCAUGAUGUACAUUUUCAUUAUAAUAUAUACCUGAUUGACUGGUUAAUGUUUUCACAUUUUACUCUGCUAUUCCUAGCAUCUUUGUACUGCAUUCAAUAAUUAAGAACUGAAUCAUGGAAGUGCCUACCUUUAAUAUAUGUUCAUAAAUGCAGCUCAGAUAUUCAGAAUGUGCUUUUAUCUUUUCACUGCUAUAAUAAUGACUUAAUAUUGUGAGUAUUGGGCUGGAGCAAUAGCACAGCGGGUAGGGCGUUUGCCUUGCACUUGGCCGACCCCAUCAACCCAAGUCUAAUUCCUCCGCCCCUCUCGGAGAGUCCGGCAAGCUACCGAGAGUAUCUCGGCCCGCACAGCAAAGCCUGGCAAGCUCCCCGUGGCGUAUUCGAUAUGCCAAACACAGUAACAACAAGUCUCACAAUGGAGACGUUACUGAGCCCGCUUGAGCAAAUCAAUGAAUAACGGGAGGACAGUGCAGCAUGGUGCUAAUGUGAGUACCAGUAUUAUAUUUAACAAAAUUCACUGUGCUAAUGAUACAUAGGAUAUAUGAGGAGGGGAAAACAAAGCAUUAGGAAUUUCUUCCUAAAAACAGUUUUAUAAACUUAAUCUUCAAUUCCAGUUUUUUUUCCAGUUCCAGGUUCUUAUGAUAUAGUUUACAUUUUUGUGAAGCAAAUUGUUGAGAUAUUUCUGAGAAUCUCAAAGAAAAAAUUUUUGUUUUCCAAAAUUUGACAACUAUUUUUAGUUUGUGUGUAAAGAUCAUCAUAAAUACUUGUUUUCUAUUAAUCAAAACUAUAGUGACACAUUUACCUUUGAAGAAAAUCUUAAUUUAAUAAAUGUAUAAUCAUGAAUUUUAUAGUCAUCUUGAAUUUAGCAAAAUUAUUUGUAAAGACUUUCAGGUUAUUUUAAGAUAUUUUAAAGCUGAACAAGUCAAAAAGAAAAGGGAUUUUUAAUAUUUACAACUUGAUAUUUUUUAAUAAUACUUAUUUUCUAGACAAAUUCCUUUUUACUCUUGUCUCACGAAAACACUUAGAUCAUUAUACUUUUAGUUCAAAGAAUGUAGUUGCAAAGACCCUUUUAUUUAAUUAAAUAAAAUAGAUAUUAAUUAAAUAUCUAAUAUUAGUCAGUGGUAUACUUAAAGUUAAAAGUGAUGUUACAACACUUUUCUCAGUUAAAGGUCACAUACUGAACAAUCUUAACUAUGCUUACAAAAUAAGAAUAAAAAAGUAAGUCAAAUGAACUAAACUCUGGAUAGCAAAAAUAUGUAACUGCUUCAGAUGUCAUAUACUCUGCCUGAAGUUCAUACAGUUUACUAGAGGAUUGCCUGCAAACUCUCUGACACUGCUUCUAAAAUUGUUUUAGACAAAUUAAAACUUGUCUGUUUUCCCAAUCCAGAGCAGACUCAAUCCCACAAAGUUAAGGGCAGUUUUGGUAGUAAUCUGUAAGCAAUUUGGUUUCCAAGUUUUCCUUCCUUCAUUACUCAGUAUACAGUCUUUUAGAAAAAUGUCCUUCCUUCCUUCCUUGGGAGAACCAUUAGUCAUCAGAAGUUUGUGUAGUUAUGUUUCUCUAUUUUAACAUCUGUAUCAAAGGUGGAAAAAAAUGAACAGAAAACCAGCAUUUUUAGCAAAAGAAGUGACUGAAAGUUAGAUAUGAUGAUAUAGAUAGAUAAUGAAUUGUUACAAAACAGCUAUAUUGGAUUAUCUAUAGGACAACAAAAUUCCUAAUAAGGAAUAGUAAUGAAAGAACAUUGUUUUAAUCUGCAUGGUUGUUUUAAAAUUUAAGAAGGCAUGCUAUACUUUAUUCCAUCAAAAUGAAGUAGUUAAGAUAGCAGUUUCAGAUUUAGAGGAAUAAAUGUCAGUUGACUUAAGAAAGUGUAAUAGAAUGUUAUUUCUUACUUUUGUUGCAUUAGGUACCAUUAUGUUAGAGUUUAACACUGGUUCUCUGCCUUAGUUUUUUCCUAACGCAAAUCAGUCUUACUCUCUAACAUGAGAAGUUUGUUAUUUUAACCAGUAUGUUGUGAUAAUUUAAUAAGUUUCAAAGAUAAGAAAAUAUGUCAUUAUUUCUAUGACCAUUAUAACAUGUGAAUUAUAAUCCAUGUGUUAAUGACUCCAGCUGUUCUACCUAGGGGGCAGAUUGUCAUUUUUAUGUCUGUGCCAAGAAAAUAAAAGUCUUUUCUGAACAACUUUA